GAAGCGUGUCACCUGCCCUGCUGGGCCCAGGGCUGAGAGCUGGAUCUGUGGGGAUCGUUGAUUGCCUGUGCAUUACCUUGGUUCUGAGCCAUCUAGUGUGUGUCAUCCCUCCUUGAGAGCCUGCUCAAAGUUUGAGAAGGAUUGUGGGCAGCCCUCUGCUGGUGUGCUGACCAGCUACCAGGGCUGGUUAGCCACCAUGGCUGAUGAGAAGACCUUCCGAAUCGGCUUCAUCGUGCUGGGCCUUUUCCUGCUAUCCCUGGGCACGUUCCUCAUGAGCCACGAUCGACCCCAGGUCUACGGCACCUUCUAUGCCAUGGGCAGCAUCAUGGUGAUCGGGGGUGUCAUCUGGAGCAUGUGCCAGUGCUAUCCUAAGAUCACCUUUGUGCCGGCAGACUCUGACUUCCAAGGCAUCUUGUCGCCAAAGGCCCUGAGCCUGCUGGAGACCGGGCUUCCGGAGGUAAAGAGCCCCCAACCGCCCUACGUCAGGCUGUGGGAAGAAGCCGCCUAUGACCAGAGCCUCCCAGACUUCACUCACAUCCAAAUGAAGGUCAUGGGCUACAGUGAGGACCCCAGGCCACUGCUGGCCCCCGAACUGAAGACAGGAGCCAGCAGUAUCAGGGAAGGCGAGCCUCGUACUGCUCAGGCCUGGAUGGAGGCUCCAGUGGUCGUCCAUAGAGGACUGGAUGAGAACGAGGGAGAGAAAGCCUGUUCUCAGAGCAGCCCUCCAGCAUGUUUCCAAGGCUCUGCACCCUUGGCAUCAUUCCAUGAUGACCUGGACGUGGACUCCAGCGAAGGCAGCUGCCCUCAUCCAUCCCCACCCGACAAGGAUGAGCCACACUCGCAGGUGCCCUGGACCAGCAGGGGUCCACUGGAUCGCUUCAGUGACUUUGCUCUGAUUGAUGACACCCCUACAUCAGAGGACAUGGUCCUGGAGGGACAGGCACGGGAGGCAGCUCUACCCAGCAAGCAGCGAUGGUCUCUGAGGAUGAAGGGGGAGACUGUCCAGGCUGGUGCAGAAGAACCAGAGCAGGAGGAGGAAGAUCUCUACUACGGGCUGCCUGACAGCCCUGGGGACCCCCUUCCUGACAAAGAGUUGGGCUUUGAGCCUGAUGUCCAGGGCUGAGAUGAAACUGUUUCCUGGGUCUAGCCUGACAGCACUGCUCACUUCAUGUGACCCCUCAAGGGCUCAGUUUUCCAAGUCCCAAACAGCAUUGUAUGGAGAGUCAAGUGAGGCAGUGAACUGAAGCAUCUUGGGAACCGAAAAGAACACUCAUGGGGGGCAGCAAUCCUCCCCUCAGCGAGCUGCAUUACUUCUGGUUGUGGUUUUUUCUGCUGACCUGCAGAUAGAAUGGGGUUUUCUGAUGUCCUGUGUUACAGCAGACCCUCAGAAGCCCUUUUCUUCUCCUAAUGCUGGCUUCUGAUUGGGCCUUGUGGUGCUACCCAGGACCCCUGAGAGCCCUAUGUCCACUGUGUUUUGGUCCUCUGAUGGCUGUUUGACUCACCCCUUUCAGAGCUGAUGCCAUCUCCUGGCUCAGUGUCUUCAGCGAUUCUACUGCUCUGGGAUCCGUGACUCUAUGGCUGGCAUCUGCUGAUCUGACCUCUGGAUAUCACUCUGGUCCCUCCUGUUCAUGCCCCUAGCCCAUGUCCAUGCCCAUACCCUUGCUUGAGCCAUGUUCUUCCAGGGCGUCUUGUGCCGAGUGAAUUCAUGUCCAUUCCUAUACACCUGCCAAAGUGACCUUUCUUCUGCUAGUUUCCCUGGCAUCCCAACCCCUAGAUGAAAAUUUUUCUCUGGGGCAUGUGCAUCCAUUUCUGUGUCUGUUGCUUGCCGCGGCCCUGGGACAACAUCUUGGCCUCAUUCACCAUAGUUCCCAGGAGACCCUUGGCAUGUGAAGAUCUCAGUUGAUCUGGGAACCUUUGCAGAUAGUGUCACUCUCCCUGAUUUUGACAAGUGUGGACUCUUAGUCUCCGGCACCCACUUUUUUAAAAAAAUGGCUUCUAGACAGUCAUAAAACCAGGCAAAAAGCUACCAGAAGAACCCAACAGCAGCUCACAGAACACAUUGGCAUUGGCUUAGAAUGGAGAAAAUCCAGCUGCUGAAUUACUCCCGCUUGAUGCCAUUGGCAUUUACUGAGCAUCUGCCAUGUGCUAGGCACUCUGCUUGGAAAGCAGUCAUUGGUCCUUGACCCUUCCACAAAGGGCUCACAAUUUCAGUUUACUGUCUUGUAAGUUGGGAACACAGAAUGGAGCAGAAGCCGGGGUGGGAGCAGAGUCACCCCCAGCCCCCCAGAUCUUGCAGAGCCCUCUGUUCUCAGCCUAGCAUGGAAGGAGUCAUCAGAAGGAGGGUGUUGCUGCCUUCCCCAGCUAAGUCUACACAACUUAGUUCUGUUCUGAGAUGUCUUAGAGCCGGGCACUGGGAGAAGAUCGGGGUCUCAGCGGAGGGAAGGAGAUCUCGCUGGUUCUCUGUGAGAACACACCCCAACCCUCCCCACUUCUGGGGCGUGUCUACCUCUUCACUGAAGAUGCAUCCACCAGGCACCUCCUCUCUGCUGAUAGGUCAUGGACCAUGUGACCCUGCUCAUGUCCCAGCCAGGGGUGAGGUGACAUGUAGCAGCUGCUGUGUACUGCUGGCCCAGGAAGGGACAACUGUGACCCACAUCAGACAGAGCAGAGCCAGCACCAAGGGCUGAAAUUAAAAA